GGAAGGAUACUCGAGUUGGAACUGUUAACUGAUAGCUUAGGAGAUGAAUCUGGUCCAAGUAUAUAAUGAAGCUAAUAAAGUUAUUGGUGUUGGAGGUGGUGGGUCGAAUGGCAGUCAACCGGCAAUGAUAGAGAGUUCGAUGAAGGUGUUGGAGUUUUGGAUUGUCAAUCAAGAUGUGGCGGUAUGAAAUGUCGUCCCUGUAAAUUUCCCAAGGAAUCGUUUGGAAAUUGGUCAGGAGCUGACUAGGGUCUUGGAGCUGGGAGGUAACCCUGAAAUUGGAAUGAAUGCUGCCAAGAAGCAAAGAAGCAAUAGAAGGAAGGCACUUUAUGGUUCUGAAUUACUGGUCUUUGUCACACUUCCAUAUGCAGGCCUUGGAAUGGGUGGGGGAAAAACUGGCAGUGGGCUCCCUGUGAUUGCAGGUGUUGCAAAGUCAAUGGGUAUGUUGACAGUUUGGUAUAGUCACAACUCCUUUUCUUUCGAGGGACGAGAAGAGCAGUUCCAGGCCCAGGAAAGGGAAUCAUCUUUAAGAGAUAAAUGUUGAUACACCUGAUUGUCAUUCCAAAAUGACAAAUUAUUGACUGCCGUUUCCGAGUACCCAGUAACAGAGGCAUUUAACCUGGCUGAUGAUAUUUUACGACAGGUGUUCGUGAUUCCAGGUUUGGUAAAUGUGGAAUUUUGCUGAUGUGCGAGUAUAUGGCAAAUGCUGGAUUCUUCAUUGAUGGAAGGACUUGCAACUGGGAAAACAAGGGCCAGAGAUGCUGCAUUAAAAGCAAUUCAAUCACCUUUAUUGGAUAUUGGUAUAGAAAGGGCAACUGGAAUUGUAUGGAACAUUACCGGUGGAGUGAAUUUGACUUUAUUUGAGGGUAAGCUGCAGCAGAAGGUUAUAUACGACCUUGUAGAUCCGACUGCAAAUUUAAUUUGAGCAGUGAUAGAUCCAUCACUAAGCGGUCAAGUAAGUCAUUGCUUUACCGUAACAGGCUUUGUAGCAAAGAAGGAGAAUGAAAGCAGGCCUUCAGGUCUCUCCUCUCUCUCUCCCGAAGAUGUAACCUUUGGGAUAAAAUCGGCGACCCUCUUUACUGAAGGUAGUUGUGAGAUUCCUGAGUUCCUCAAAAAAGAAAGGUCCGCUCCUCGCUAUCCAAGAGCUUAAUUUAUAGUUCCA